CUCUUCCUAUUCUAUAUAUCCUUCCUUCCUGGCCACUCGUCCUUCCUACCUCCGUUACCUUGAGCACCACCAUCACCAUGAUGUCGACGGUUGACUAUAAGCCCGACAGCAUACACGUCGAGAAGACCUCUCUUCCUCCUUCCUCUUCCUACCAUGAGAACGACACCAAGGCCGCUGAUGCGUCUCAUAUUGAGGACAUGGGCGACAAGAGCCACCAUACGCCAGCGGUCAAUAUCAUUCAAAACCCUUUGAGACGCUUCGCACCUGAAAAGGUUGUCGAGGAUGCCAAGCUUUUCGCCAACGGUCACAAUCUUGCUGAAUAUAGCGAUCUUUUUGGCCGGGCUGCCCUUGUUGCUCGAGAAGGCAAGCACUUCGACACCAUCAGUGUGCUCACUCCAGAGGAAAAAACUGCUCUUGAGUACGAAAGAGAUCACAAAUGGCACGGUCCUCGGAUGCUCUGGUACUCUAUCGCUCUUUGUGCUAUCGGUGCUGCCACACAAGGUUGGGAUCAAACUGGUUCUAACGGUGCGAACUUGUCUUUCCCAGAAGAAUUCGGUAUUGCGGGUGAAGGCCGAGACGAAUGGAUCGUCGGUGCUGUCAAUUCAAUCAUCUUCUUAACUGCCGGCUGCAUUGGUGCAUUCAUUGUCGACCCUCUUAACCACUACCUCGGUCGUCGAGGUGAAAUUUUCCUCACCGCCUGUUGUCUUACCGCCACCCCGAUCGCUUCCGCAUUCACUCACUCUUGGCAAGCUCUCUUUGCUGUUCGUUUCGUCAUGGGCAUUGGUAUCGGCGCGAAGAACGCUACUGUCCCCAUCUUCUCUGCUGAGAUUGCUCCCGCUAGGGUUCGAGGUGCUUUGGUGAUGUUCUGGCAGCUUUGGGUCGUUGCUGGUAUCUUCCUUGGUUUCGCUGCCAAUGUUAUCGUCAAGAAUACCGGCCAGAUCGCCUGGCGUCUUCAACUCGCCUCCGCUUUCAUUCCCGCCUUCAUCCUCAUGCUCGGUAUCUGGUUCACCCCUGAAUCUCCUCGUUGGCUCAUGAAGCACGGAAAGUACGACAAGGCAUUCCACUCUUUCCUGCGUCUGCGAGCCCACCCCAUUAUUGCGGCAAGGGACUACUACUACUCUCACGUUAUCUACCAAGAAGAGCUCUCCUUGGCUAAAGGGUCCAACUACUUUUCUAGGUUGUGGGAUUGUUUCAGGGUGCCUAGAAUCAGGAGGGCGAACUAUGGUGCUUCUACUGUUAUGCUCGCUCAGCAGAUGUGCGGUAUCAACAUCAUCUCAUUCUACAGUUCAACCAUUUUCACGGACGUCGGUUAUACUGAUACCCAGGCUCUUUAUGCCUCUCUGGGUUACGGUGCCGUCCAAGUUGUGUUCACCAUCCCUACAUUGUUCAUGAUCGAUACCGUUGGUCGAAGGAGGUUGUGUUUAAUUACUUUCCCCCUCAUGUGCAUUUUCCUUCUCGCCGCCGGUCUCUCUCUUCUCAAAGACAGCGGCAGCCGUGGCUCUCAAAUCGGUCCCGUUGUACUCUUUGUCUACCUCUUCACCAUCGCCUAUUCUCUCGGUGAAGGACCCGUCGCUUUCCAGUACUCUGCAGAAGUCUUCCCUACUAUUCAGCGAGAACAGGGUAUGGCUUGGGUGGUGUUCAUUAACAACUUCUUUGCCGGUGUCCUUAGUAUAACCUUCCCCCGUAUGCGAACCGUCAUGACAUCUACCGGUGCUUUCGGUUUCUACGCGGGUCUCAAUUUGAUUGCAUGGGGAAUGAUUUUCUUCUUCGUUAGGGAGACCAAGCAGUUGACUCUGGAGGAAAUCGAUCAGGUCUUCUCCGUCCCAACGGCGCAAUUCGUAUCUUACGAAACCCGAGUCCGCGUCCCCUGGUUCUUCAAGCGAUACCUUUUCUUCCAGAAGCACAUCCCCACCCCACCACCUAUGAUUGGCGGCGCCGAUGAUGAGGAUGACUACAAAAAUGAGAAGGGGGCGACGGCUUGAAUGGGGGGCGUAGAGGAUAGAUUUUAAUAUUAAUUAGCGUCUCAUAUUGUCUUGUGUGGGUUUUUAGGUUAGUGAACAGUAGCUUAUCGGUUGGGAGAGGGUUGAUAAUCUGGGUAUUGGGAGCAUUAUCAACAGGUUUUGGCAUGUAUCAUCCGUUGUCCAUCUGUU